AUUGAAACUGAUUUUACAUAUGUUGAAAAAUAUUUUCAAAAUUUAAAAUUUAAAAUUAACAAAAAAGGUAAAUUGGAAGAGUAUCACUUAUUGUAUAGAAUGAUUAAUAUUUUUUAUUUUUUUUACUGUCUUCAAUAUAAUAAACUUGUUAAUAAACGUGUUUAUACAUGGUGUUUUGUUACGCAUUUAUAGAUAUUUUAUUAGCAAAUUUUUCAAUUUGCAAUUCUAAUUUUGGUUGUAAUUUUCUGGUCAAUCGAUAUAACUGAGUUUUGAAGUGGAUUUUUUAAUAACGUUUCUAAAACCGGUUCCAAAGACCGUCAGACAGAGGCAAGUCAGAAUGUUCAGAGUUCAGAGUCACAGCGGGCAGUCUUCCAUCGACCGCGAGGAGGCGUGCAUCGAGUCGACGUCGUUGUGACACGUUGUACGAAUUCCUAAAGAGAGAUAAACUAGAAGAAACUAACAAUGUUGUGUUCUUGUUGCGUGGCGAUGAUCGCCAUUCUCUACAUGUUAUUCGAUGUAAACUACUUUCUGAGAAUUAUCUUUACUAUUGUUUGGGGAAGACUUUUCGAAAAGAAGAAGAAGCUCUUCGACACGACAACGAUUUACGGGAUCUGUAGCACUCAGGACGUUGACCUGGUCUUGAAGCACAUGAAUAACGCGCGGUACUUGCGUGAGUUGGAUUUUGCGCGAUUUUAUUUUUACGACAACUCGGGAAUUUAUGCCGCGAUCUCAAAAAGAGGCGGCGGUGCCGUUCAAGGUGCAUCCACUAUACGAUAUCGUCGUGCGAUCCCUAUCUUUAUGCCGUACAAGGUCACGACAAAACUCAUUUACUGGGAGGACAAGCACUUUUAUGUAGAACAGCAAUUCAUUAGUAUCACGGACAAUUUUAUUCGCGCCGUUGUACUGAGCAGACAAACAAUAACUGGAUUGAAGGUUCCGGUAGAGGAGAUAAUUGCUGAAAUCGAACCGGAAGCACGUAGGCCGGAACCCACUAAAGAACUUCAGUUGUGGCUUGACUCUAUGGAAGAAUCGUCUCAAAAUCUGAAGAAACAGAAGUGAAAGAAUUUUUUUAGUGCGUUUGUUUGACAUGUUAUUUAUUUAAUUUUCUCUUAGAAUGGUUUUUUAUUUUAUGGUUGAGUCGUUGUUAUAAUUGUAUAAUUUUAUUUGUAGUCUCAUGAAAAUUGUAUCUGGUUCUUUUAUCAUUAGAAGUAAAUUAGAUUUACUUGAAAUACAUAUAUAUAUAUAUAUAUAUAUAUAUAUAUAUAUACGUAUAUAUAUGUAUUUUUGAUGAUAUGAUAACGUUUGAGGCUCUUUUUGAGUAAAAUUAUUUUUAUUGUGUACUUUAGUCUUAAUUGAGAUACAAUGUUAAAUAGAAUUUUAUUUAAACUUAUAUAUUGUAAAAUAUUGUAAGACUUUAUUGCUCUACAGUUAGUGAGGGUUUUAUUUAAAAUUGUAGUAAAUUUCACUAAAAAUAUUAUUCUUAGUGCGCUUGUAAUCUUAUGAACGCAACUAUAGUUUGCGUAAUUACAAGGCAUGUUUGUAAAGUUCCUUAAGUCUCAUCAUAUUGCUGAUAAAAUAUGGAUAAACUUUUAACGUUUAGUUAUAUAAAUAAGGGUCUACAAUCGCAUUUGUUAUUUAAAUUGACUUUGCCAAUAAAUUAUUGUAAUUUUUGCACUUGCAUAUUACGAAACAGGUGUUUGAUUAUUUAUUUAUGAUUAAUUAUAUAUUUAUUAUUAAA